AUGGGUCGAACGAAGCCAUCGCUCGGUGUUCCGCCAGCAGCUUACCGCAAAGACGCACGAGCAAAAAGAGCGAGACAGACGUCCAACAAGGACAUACCAGCACUAUUACAGGCCUAUCCUCGAGCAAAAAAAGGCGUUGAAUCUUCAGAACUCAUCGUGAAUCCACCUCCGGUUGAUAGUACUAACCAGAAGGUAUCACUCAAGCACGAGAACGACGCACAAGCAGAUCCAAGCACGAUAGACGGUUCCGAAGCUCCUACCACACCUGCCGUGAAGGUAAAUGUAUGUGUCGCAGACACUUUCCAAGCAGCAGCAGACUUCGCUCAAGCCAGCCAAUCUCCAAGCUUGAAGAGAGGCAAGCUUGCCGUUCUGAACAUGGCCUCACCCCUACGAGCAGGCGGCGGCUUCCUCAACGGCGCAACUGCCCAAGAAGAAACUCUAUGCAUGCGAAGCACCCUAUAUCCCUCGCUGCGAGAUGAGUUUUACCGUCUGCCCGAGGUAGGCGGCAUAUGGACCCCCGACGUCCUCGUCUUUCGUUCUCACCAUGAAGGUGCGCCGGACCUACCGAAGAACGAUCGAUUCUUCGUGAACGUGAUAUCCUCCGCUAUGCUGCGCUUUCCGGACCUCGAAGAGGACGAUGAAGGUGAGAAGUGCUAUGCAGAGCCAGAGGAUCGUAAAAUUGCCGAGCAGAAGAUUAGAGCAGUCAUGAGGAUUGCGAAAAGCAAGGGCGCGAAGAGGCUCGUGUUGUCAGCGUGGGGAUGUGGAGCUUUCAAGAACCCUGUUGGUGAGACUGCGAGGAUCUGGAAGAAAGUGCUUCUUGGUGGGAAAUCUUCAGGCAAGGCGUCGGCCGUUGAGGAAUGGGGUGACAUGGAUAUUGUAUUCGCCAUCAAAGAGCGAGCCAUGGCUGAUACUUUCGCACGUAAUUUUGGCGUAGACCUGGUUGUGCCAAUGGAUGAUGGUCCUGACGGCGAUCAAGCUGGCAAGAGUGGUGAUCAUGACGAAGACGGUGCAACUGAGCUGCAGGCUAAAAUCGGUGAGUUGGAGGCUCAGAUAGCCUCUGCUCGGGAUCCAGGCUUGAAGAAUCGUUUGACAACGAUCGUGACCAAGCUAAGAAACGACGAAGAUGGUCGGUAA